UUUACCUGGUCCAAUAGUUACACCCAUUGUUUGGUAUUCACCUUAUAUAACAUGUAAAUUGGAGUAAUUAACAAUCCAUAAAUUAGAUAAUCUUUUCAAUUAAUGUACCUUAGCUCAGUUGGAGGUACAAUUAGUUAAUCAACAAUCAGCAACAAUGGAGAUUAAGUUAAUCAAAAUGAAUAAUUUAUUUAUAGUUUUCAAUUGUGCUUUUUUCUUGCUUUGUAUAAAUAAAGUUAAUUCACUAGAAUGUUAUGUUUGCUCCAAUCAAGAAGAUAAUAAGGAUAAAUGUGUGGAAACAGUUAAAAAUUGUGACGUUGGUCAAGAUCGGUGCUUGUCUCAAAUCCGAUGGGGAAGUACACCUUAUUGGGCUCCCAGUGGAGAGAAACAAUAUUACAUUACCAAGAAAUGCGCUUCCAAAGAGAUUUGUGAUCAACAGUAUAAGAAACACUUAUCCCGAUGUGAUCGCAUUUGGUACAAUGAUUGGGAAUGUGUUGAGUGUUGUACUGGUGAUAGAUGUAAUUACUAUGUAACUCUCAAAUCAUCUUCUACUUAUCCAAACAUUUUUAUCGUCGCAAUUUCCGCUUUUGUUGCUCUGACUCUCUUCAAAUGAUCUGAUACUCAAUUGUAUUCAUUCAAUGUGAAAUUGAUAAUCAAACCUUAUCAACUACCGUCCAAUUCAAUGAAUCAAAGGCUUAAUCAAUUACUCAGUAUGAGAAUCAAUUGAUUUCCUUUUGGCUCUGUGAACUCUUUUUAUACCUGAUUUAUUAUCAGAAAAAUAAUCCAACAUAAUAAGGUACAAUUAAGAAACUGUAUAUAAACAAUUACUAUCUGCAUGAUUUUCUUAAUUUUUACAAUGCUUUUUGCCUUAAUCAAUUGAAUUGUCGCAAUUUAAUAGCUCUGACAUCUUGGCCUUUCGUUUUGUAGCCUUAAAUUUAUAAUAAUUGGCAAACUUUUCGUGCAACUUACAAUCAAUUAUCUCAUCAAAAUCAAUGUAACCAUUCACAAAGUGCACUCUAAAUACUCAAGAAAUUAACAAUUUCCUUUCUAUGAUCACAAUAAAAUAAUCAAUAACUUUA